AUGGAGAGCACUCCCGCAAGGGCGACUCCGUCGCCGCAGCCCGAUUUGUCGAGGAACCGGCUUCCCACCCUCUUCGAGGUGCUGAGCCGCCGUACCCUUCCGCCCGUUGACCUCUUCUCCUUCUACAUCUACAUGCGAGACCAGCAGCGCUCGGUAGAUUAUCUGGAUUUUUGGCUCGACGUGGCCCAACACAUGUCGCUAUGCCGUCAUUAUGUGCGCGAGCUUCGGCGGUCGUCUGGGAUAUUGGAGAGCAUGGGCGACCUAGAUCACCGUGCUGCGGGCCCAUCGAUGUACGCAACGGAAAAGGAGAGGGACCAAGACGCUCAAAUGUCGGCCUUUUUGCGUGAGGACCAAACGCACGAAUCGCCCCAGAGCGGCUCCGGCGCCGUUCGACCGAGCCCGCAGUUCAGCGCGUCGCGCGAUGUGACCGACUCCAACUCCCCGUCGCACACCGUCGCCCGUCAAGACAUCCGAGCUUCUGCAGAGAAAAUCCUGUACACGUUCCUGCUCCCGGGAGCUGAACGAGAGAUCACUCUGCCCGGAUCCAUCACGCAGGACGUCACUGCCGCGAUCGAGGACUACGGCCGCGACGACCCCGAGGUCUUUGAUGUAGCUAAAGACUACGUAUUUCAGGCCAUGGAGAGGGACGCGUUCCCGGGUUUCCUGCGGAUGAAGGCGCUGGGGAACCUGAUUCCUCCCACGCUCGUGAUGCGGCUCAUUGUUGGCCUCAUCUCCAUGUUUGGCGCCUUCUGGGCCGGCUUCAUUCUCAUCUUCCUCGACAGGUCGCGAGCCACGAAAUGCUGGCUCAUUCUGCCCUUCACCGUCGGCGUCUACUUCCUGGCCUCGUACCAAUACUCGCUCGACCCCAUCAUGGCCAUGAUUGGCUUCAGCGAAUAUACGCCUUUCAACUUUUCGCGGAUACGAGAGCCCUAUGUCCGACAACUCCUGGCCAAGCGAGCCGCCAUGGUCCUGGCAGUCACGUUCCUCAUCGACGCCGCUCUCUGCGUCCUCUUCAUCCUCGUGCCCGGCAAAAGGCUAUGA